UUUCCGUUACGCCACCAGUUCAAACCAUUUCCCCAAUCGGGACAGCGCGUGGGGAGGCGGUCCGGACCCCCACACAUACCUACACCCCCCUCUGAGAGCAGAGAGACUGCAGCGCCCUGCCUGAGCGGACCAGAGCCACGCUGAUCAGCACACACACUCUCACACACACAGGCGCUCACACAGGUGAAGGGUCUACAGAUCGGGCCACCGAGUAGAGCAGCGAAAGUGAGAAAGAGGGAGCAGCCGAGCAGACUCCACCCAGACCAAGCCAGCGAACCAAGGCGCAGCGGAGAGCAUAAAAAUGAGCGGCUCCCACCCCCGCCUCCACCAGAGCGCCGCGCCCGCUCCCAACGCUCUCUCCUCGGACAAGGACGCAGAAAUGCCCGCCACGGAGAAGGACCUGGCCGAGGAUGCGCCAUGGAAGAAGAUCCAGCAGAACACGUUCACCCGCUGGUGUAACGAGCACCUGAAGUGCGUCAACAAGCGGAUCGGCAACCUGCAGACGGACCUGAGCGACGGGCUGCGGCUCAUCGGACUCCUGGAGGUCCUGUCCCAGAAGAAAAUGUUCCGAAAGUACAACCAGAGGCCCACCUUCCGCCAGAUGCAGCUGGAGAACGUGUCGGUGGCGCUGGAGUUCCUGGACAAGGAGAACAUCAAGCUGGUGUCCAUAGACUCCAAAGCCAUUGUGGAUGGGAACCUGAAGCUGAUUCUGGGUCUGAUCUGGACCCUGAUCCUGCACUACUCCAUCUCCAUGCCGAUGUGGGAUGAAGACGAAGAGGGCGACGACGGCAAGCAGAAGACUCCCAAGCAGAGGCUGCUGGGAUGGAUCCAGAACAAACUCCCCGAGCUUCCCGUCACCAACUUCCACCGGGACUGGCAGACUGGCCGGGCCCUGGGAGCCCUGGUGGACAGCUGUGCUCCAGGUCUGUGCCCUGACUGGGACCAGUGGGAUCAGACUAAACCAGUGGACAACGCCCGUGAGGCCAUGCAGCAAGCUGAUGACUGGCUGGGCAUCCCGCAGGUCAUAACCCCUGAAGAGAUUGUGGACCCCAACGUGGACGAACAUUCAGUCAUGACCUACCUAUCCCAGUUCCCUAAGGCAAAACUGAAGCCUGGGGCUCCUCUCCGACCCAAACUCAACCCCAAGAAAGCCCGCGCCUACGGCCCAGGGAUCGAGCCAGUGGGAAAUGUUGUGAUGAAGAAGGCUCUGUUUACUGUUGAGACCAUCAGUGCAGGGAUGGGAGAGGUGUUGGUUUUUGUAGAGGAUCCUGCAGGACACAGAGAGGAGGCCAAGGUGACCGCCAACAACGACAAGAACCGCACCUACUCUGUUGUCUACGUGCCCAAAGUGACGGGCAUGCACAAGGUGACAGUUUUCUUUGCUGGUCAGCAUAUUUCCAAGAGUCCCUUCGAGGUGGACGUUGGCAUGGCUCAGGGAGACUCCAGCAAGGCCACAGCCCAGGGCCCCGGCCUGGAGCCCGCAGGCAACAUUGCCAACAAGGCUACCUACUUUGACGUCUACACAGCAGGCGCUGGCAUUGGAGAAGUUGAGGUGGAGAUCAUGGAUCCGGCAGGAAAGAAGAACACUGUGCCCUGCACCAUCGAGGACAAGGGCAACAGCAGCUACCGCUGCACCUACAAGCCCACUCAGGAGGGCCAGCACACCAUCUAUAUCACCUUCGCUGGUGGUCAGAUCAGCAAGAGUCCCUUCACAGUCAGUGUGGGAGAAGCAUGCAACCCCAGCCUCUGCAAAGCCAAGGGCCGCGGCCUGCAGCCUAAGGGCCUGAGGGUGAAGGAGACCGCAGACUUUAAGGUUUACACUAAAGGAGCGGGCACCGGAGAGCUUAAAGUCACCAUCAAGGGCCCCAAGGGAAUAGAGGAGCCAUGUAAAAGGAAGGACCUCGGAGACGGUGUGUACGGCUUUGACUACUACCCUACCACUCCUGGAACCUACACCAUCACCAUCACCUGGGGAGGACAGCCGAUUCCCCGCAGUCCCAUUGAGGUUAAGGUUGGUUCUGAGGCCGGCCAGCAGAAGGUGAGGGCCUGGGGCCCCGGGCUGGAGGGAGGUGUUGUUGGCAAAUACGCUGACUUUGUGGUGGAGGCUGUUGGAGACGUUGGUACACUGGGCUUCUCUGUGGAAGGUCCGUCUCAGGCCAAGAUCGAAUGCGACGACAAGGGUGACGGGUCAUGUGACGUGCGCUACUUGCCCACCGAGUCCGGCGAGUAUGCCGUCCACGUGCUGUGCAACAACGAGGACAUCCAGCAUUCGCCCUUCAUGGCUGAGAUCGUCAACCCACCAGGGAAGGACUUCUACCCUGACAAAGUUAAGGCGUAUGGUCCUGGCCUUCAGACCAGCGGGCUGAUGGUUGGGAAGCCCACAGAGUUCACGGUUGACGCCAAACAAGGAGGAAAGGCUCCUCUGAAGAUUGUUGCUCAGGAUGGAGAGGGCAACCCUGUGGAUGUCCAGGUUAAAGACAACGGCAACGGGACAUACACCUGUACUUAUACCCCACGGAAACCCGUGAAGCACACAGUCAUGGUGUCCUGGGGGGGAGUCAACAUCCCUGAGAGUCCAUUCAGGAUGAAUAUCGGAGCUGGCUGUCACCCCAACAAAGUGAAGGUCUCUGGGCCUGGCGUAACAAAGACCGGCCUCAAGGCCUUUGAACCCACAUACUUCACUGUUGACUGCGCAGAGGCUGGUGAAGGUGACAUCAGCAUAGGAAUAAAGUGUGCUCCUGGCGUGGUGGGACCCGCGGAGGCCGAUAUAGACUUUGACAUCAUCAGGAAUGACAACGACACGUUCACUGUUAAAUACACUCCUCCUGGAGCAGGCAGCUACACCAUCAUGGUGCUGUUUGCUGAGCAUGAGAUUCCAACCACACCCAUUAGAGUAAAGGUGGAUCCUUCUCAUGAUGCCAGCAAAGUCAAGGCUGAGGGACCAGGACUCAGUCGCAGUGGAGUUGAAUUGAACAAGCCUACCCACUUCACCGUGAACACCAAAGGAGCCGGAAAGGCCAACCUGGACUGCAGCUUCAGUGGACCGACCAAAGGAGAGGCUGUCAAAGACUUUGAAAUCAUAAACAACCACGACAACACGCACACUGUCAAAUAUACACCUGUGAUGCAGGGUCCUCUGGGAGUUGCUGUGACUUACGGUGGAGAUCAGAUUCCCAAGAGCCCCUUCAACGUUUCUGCAGUUCCUACACUGGACCUGAGCAAGGUCAACGUGACCGGACUAGGAGACAAGAUGACAGUUGGCAAGGACCAGGAAGUGACUGUCAAGUCGAAGGGGGCUGGUGGUCAGGGCAAAGUUGCUGCCAAGGUUACUGGACCUUCAGGAAAACCUGUGACUUGCAAGGUUGAGCCGGGGCUGAGCCCAGAGACCAGUCAGGUGAAGUUCAUCCCCCGUGAGGCAGGGCCGUAUCAGGUGGAACUGACCUACGACGGGGUGCCGAUCCCUGGAUCCCCCUACACUCCCACAGCUUAUCCUUCUGCAGACCCAUCCAAGGUGCGCUGCUCUGGCCCCGGCUUGGAGCGUGCCAAGGUCGGAGAGACUGGGGAGUUUGUGGUGGACUGCACCAACGCCGGUCCAGCUGAGCUCACCAUUGAGAUCAUCUCAGACAGCGGCACUGAGGCAGAGGUUCACAUCCAGGACAACGGAGACGGCACCUACACCAUCACCUACAUCCCCCUCUACCCUGGCUCCUACACACUCACCAUACGCUACGGGGGCCAGGAUGUGCCAAACUUCCCUGCCCGCCUUAACGUGGAGCCGGCGGUGGAUGCCAGUGGAGUGCAUGUGUUUGGACCAGGAGUGGAAGGCAAAGGAGUUUUCUGUGAGGCGACAACGGACUUCACGGUGGAUGCUCGGGCUCUCACGCAGACCGGAGGCGACCACAUCAAAACCCUGAUCAGCAACCCGUCUGGCAGCCGCACAGACGCCCUGAUCACAGACCUCGGAGAUGGAACGUAUACCGUGGAGUACACGCCCUACGAGGAGGGCCCUCACAGUGUGGAGGUGUGCUACGACGGCUCUCAGGUGCCCAACAGCCCGUUCCGCGUCGCCGUCACCGAAGGCUGCGAUCCUGCUCGCGUUCGUGUGCAUGGACCUGGACUGAAAAGUGGCAUCACCAACAAGCCAAACAAGUUCAUGGUGGAAACCCGAGGAGCCGGAACUGGUGGCCUUGGUCUGGCGAUGGAAGGUCCAUCAGAGGCCAAAAUGUCCUGCCUGGAUAAUAAGGAUGGCAGCUGCAGCGUGGAGUACAUUCCUUAUGAGCCUGGCACGUACAACCUGAACGUCACCUAUGGAGGGCAGCCAAUCAAAGGAAGCCCGUUCUCCGUGCCGGUCAGUGACACCGUGGACAGCACCAAGGUGAAGUGUCAGGGUCCUGGUCUGGGCAACAGCGUCAGAGCCAACAUCCCUCAGGCGUUCACAGUGGAUGCCUCCAAAGCUGGGGUGGCGCCUCUGCAGGUCCGCGUGCAAGGACCCAAAGGUGUUGUGGAGCCUGUUGAGGUGGUGGAUAACGGUGACCAGACUCACACUGUCAACUACGUUCCCACCAGAGAAGGACCCUAUUCUAUUAAUGUCUUGUAUGCAGAUGAGGAGAUCCCACGCAGCCCCUACAAGGUGAAGGUCCUGCCUACCCACGAUGCCAGCAAGGUGCGUGCCAGUGGGCCCGGCCUGAACACCACGGGUGUGCCUGCGUCCCUGCCCGUUGAGUUCACCAUCGAUGCCAAAGAUGCAGGCGAGGGACUGCUGGCAGUGCAGAUCACUGACCCAGAGGGGAAGCCUAAAAAGGCGAACAUCCGUGACAACCACGAUGGCACCUACCUGGUGUCGUAUGUGCCAGACAUGACGGGCAGAUACACCAUCCUGAUCAAAUACGGAGGGGAUGAGAUUCCUUAUUCACCGUACCGGAUCAGAGCUCUGCCCACCGGAGAUGCCAGCAAGUGCACCGUCACAGUCUCAAUCGGCGGUCACGGUUUAGGUGCCGGUGUUGGUCCAACUAUUCAGAUCGGUGAACAGACAGUCAUUACAGUUGAUGCCAAGGCUGCUGGGAAAGGCAAGGUGACGUGCAGCGUGCGCACGCCCGAAGGGGCGGAGCUAGACGUGGACGUGGUUGAAAACGAGGAUGGCACGUUUGACAUCUUCUACACUGCGCCCCAGCCUGGAGAGUACGUAAUAUGCGUCCGUUUCGGAGGGGAGCACAUUCCCAACAGUCCGUUCCAAGUCACGGCUCUGGAAGGACCAUCAGACCAGAUCAUGCAGCAGAGACAAAUGCCCCAAUACUACGCUCAACAGCCCUGGGCAACAGACAGACCAGUUGGGAUGAAUGGCCUGGACGUGGCAGGACUUAGACCCUUUGACCUGGUCAUCCCAUUCACCAUUCAGAAGGGAGAGAUAACGGGCGAGGUCCGCAUGCCGUCAGGAAAGGUGGCCAAGCCAGACAUCACGGACAACAAGGACGGCACCGUAACUGUAAAGUACGCCCCCACAGAGGCCGGUCUGCAUGAGAUGGAUAUUAAAUACGACGGCAUCCACAUUCCUGGAAGCCCCCUACAGUUCUUUGUGGACUACAUGAACAGUGGGAAUGCCAGUGCCUAUGGCCCGGGUCUUAUCCAUGGAACCGUUAACAAGCCUGCUGUCUUCACUGUUGACACUAAAGAUGCUGGAGAAGCAGGCGGUCUUUCUCUGGCCAUUGAGGGUCCAUCCAAAGCAGACAUCAGCUGUGUGGACAACCAGGACGGGACCUGCACAGUGUCCUACCUGCCUGUCCUGCCAGGAGACUACAGCAUCCUGGUCAAAUACAAUGACAAGCACAUCCCAGGAAGUCCUUUCACUGCCAAAAUCACUGGGGACGACUCCAUGAGGAUGUCUCACCUGAAGGUGGGUUCAGCUGCUGAUAUCCCUCUGGAUAUCGGAGAGCUGGACCUCAGCCAGCUGACCGCCUCCCUCACCACUCCCUCGGGCCGCGAGGAGCCCUGCCUGCUGAAGAUCCUGCGCAACGGCCACGUUGGCAUCUCAUUUGUGCCUAAAGAAAUUGGCGAGCACCUCGUGAACAUCAAGAAGAACGGCCGCCAUAUUGCAAGCAGCCCCAUCUCCGUGAUGAUCAGCCAGUCGGAGAUCGGCGAUGCCAGCCGCGUGCGUGUGAGUGGGCAGGGCCUGAGUGAAGCGAGGACCUUCGAGCCUGCCGAGUUCAUCAUCGACACUCGUGAUGCGGGAUACGGAGGCCUGAGCCUGUCCAUUGAGGGACCCAGCAAAGUGGAUAUCAACACCGAGGAUCAAGAGGACGGCACCUGCAAGGUCACCUACUGCCCCACCGAACCAGGAAAUUACAUCAUCAACAUCAAAUUUGCUGACCAACAUGUGCCAGGGAGCGCGUUCACAGUCAAGGUGACGGGGGAGGGCAGGAUGAAGGAGAGCAUCACCAGGAAGAAGAGGGCAGCUUCUGUCGCCAACGUCGGCAGCCAGUGUGACCUCAGCCUCAAGAUUCCAGAGAUCAGCAUCGCAGACAUGACGGCCCAGGUGACCAGCCCAUCAGGCCAGGUUCACAAAGCCGAGAUCAUGGAGGGAGAGAACAACACCUACUGCAUCCGCUUCGUCCCCACUGAGACCGGAGUGCACACAGUAUGCGUCAAAUACAACGGCGUGCACGUGCCCGGCAGCCCCUUUCAGUUCACCGUCGGGCCCCUGGGCGAGGGGGGGGCUCACAAGGUCCGCGCCGGGGGGCCGGGCUUGGAGAGGGCAGAGGCCGGAGUACCAGCCGAGUUCAGCAUCUGGACGAGAGAGGCCGGAGCUGGAGGUCUCAGCAUCGCCGUGGAGGGGCCAAGCAAGGCCGAGAUCACCUUCGAGGACCGCAAGGACGGUUCCAGUGGCGUAUCCUACAUUGUGCAGGAGCCUGGCGACUACGAGGUGUCGGUGCGUUUCAAUGACGAGCACAUCCCCGACAGCCCCUUCAUCGUCCCCGUGGCCUCGCCAUCAGACGACGCGCGCCGCCUCACUGUUGCCAGUCUUCAGGAGUCGGGUCUGAAGGUAAACCAACCGGCAUCGUUUGCCGUCAGCCUCAAUGGUGCCAAAGGUGUGAUCGAUGCCAAGGUCCACAGUCCAUCAGGAGCGCUGGAGGAGUGCUGCGUCACUGAGAUUGACCAAGAUAAAUACGCAGUCCGGUUCAUCCCCAGAGAGAACGGUCUCUAUCUGAUCGACGUCAAGUUUAAUGGAAGUCACAUUCCAGGAAGUCCGUUUAAAAUCCGCGUCGGAGAGACGGGCCAGGCUGGCGACCCAGGGAUGGUGUCCGCCUACGGGCCAGGACUGGAGGGAGGCAGCACAGGAACUGCAUGUGAAUUUGUGGUAAACACCAGCACUGCAGGCCCCGGGGCUUUAGCCGUGACCAUUGACGGACCCUCCAAGGUGAAAAUGGAUUGUGUUGAGUGUCCAGAGGGUUACAGAGUGACCUACACCCCAAUGGCCCCUGGAAACUAUCUCAUCUCCAUCAAAUACGGCGGCCCUUACCACAUCGUUGGAAGCCCCUUCAAAGCAAAGAUUACAGGUUCCAAGCUUGUGGCAAGCCACAGCAUGCAUGAGACCUCCUCUGUCAUGGUUGAUCCCGUGACCCGUGCCAUCAGCAGCUCUCAGCAGGCUGCUCCCGCUCAUUCAGAUGCCAGCAAGGUGACGGCUAAAGGCCCGGGUCUGACCAAAGCCUUCGUUGGCCAGAAGAACAACUUCUGUGUGGACUGCAGCAAAGCAGGUCGUAACAUGCUCUUGGUGGGUGUGGAUGGUCCAAAGGUCCCCUGCGAGGAGAUCCUGGUAAAGCAUGUGGGGAACCGCGUGUACAACGUCAGCUACCAGCUGAAGGAGAAGGGAGAGUACAUCCUGGUGGUGAAGUGGGGCGACGAGCACAUCCCCGGCAGCCCCUACCACCUGACUGUCUAAAGACCGCAGCAGCGGCCAGGAGAUUCCAUCACUGUCGGUCCAAUGCAGCUGGUGGUCGUUUACAGUUCCAACAUCUUUCCAUUGUUUCAAAUUAAGAUUCCCUGUGUGGUAACUAUUUAACUCAUGUGAGCCAGAUUGCUUGUUAUUCUUCACUGUAACCCCGUCUAAAGAACAAUGCAGUGAAUCAUUUUGAAAUGGGGAGAAAGCUUCCCCCUUUAAUUACUGUAAACUACCAGCCAGUUGUGCCUUAGAAUAUUUAACACUUUCAGCCAUGAGUUGACAUUAAAUUGGUGCAGAAUGUCAGAGUAUGGUAGUAAUAGGUUUUGGCUCCCAGCUUUAGAUGUAAGGUUACUGUUUACACUGGAGGAGUUCUUGCAUAUGAUAAAUAAUGGAUUUUGGAGCUUCUAGAUGAGCAAUCACAGGAGAAGGCUUUAUAAGUGACCCAUUUUUGGAUUGUUUUUGUCUUUGACCUGUGUCUGUACAAAACUCAGCUUGUUUGUUCCAUGUGUCGGAGUUGCCCAGUAAAAGGUCACCCUCUUUCAGCUUUUGUUAAGAUCAUCUUUAAUCUGCUGCUAGUGUGAUCCAGUUCUACCCACUGCUGUUCUUUACCCAGUCAGGAAAUUGUUACAAAUCAAGGGGUGUGCAAACCGAGGGAAACCCUGUAUUUAGCUUUCUCCAAACACUGCUGCUGGAAGACGUUUUUGUGUGGCUACAUUUGACACCGGCGUACGCUCUGCAUGUCCUUUUUUAGAUUGUAAAACUCUUUCUGAAGCUCUAUUUGUUUAAAGAAGGAAAAAUGACCAUCAGCCUGUGUUGCGGUGUGAAUUGUGCCGCUGUUGAGUGAUUAAUUAACAGGUUAAAAAAGGGAAGUUUUCUAACUUGCGCUGAAAGAGUUUAAAGUAAAAGACGAUGCUGCAGUUCGUCAAGUCAUUAAUGCACGAUGGCCUUUUUUCUUUUCCAGUGUUUUGCAUCUCACUCUCCAUUACACCACAAUUCUUGCUCUGUGCCUUAUCUGUAUUUCAGCAAACAAAUUUGAAAUUUGUCCAAUAUAAAAUGGCUUUUAAAGUGAUUGUAAGACAGUAUUUUGAUACACAAUAAAGUAUUUUUCUCAGUCGAACAGA